CAGAGCCAUGCCUAUAUUAGUCAUCACAUUUCUCAAGCCCCACGCUUCCCAUCUCUCUCUCUUGCGCGUCGCCAAGCCGAACGCUAUCCUUCUCAACGCUCCACCGCCGUUGAGCCGCCGCCGCAGGUUCAGUCGAACAACCGCCUCUGCGGUGAACACUUCUUUAGUUCAACAAAAUUCCUCGACAAUCGCCAGCGACGAGCCGCAGAAAGUUUCUGUUCUAACAUUUCAACAUGCUAUUCAAAGGCUCCAGGAAUAUUGGGCGUGGGUUGGAUGUGCAGUGAUGCAAUGCAGCCGCACGGAUGCUAGAACGGGACUAUGGAUCCAUUGACAUACUUAAAAGUUCUUGGUCCAGAACCAUGGAAUGUUGCGUAACUAUACUUAUUGA